AGACGCCUUAAAAUAUAACAUAUUUGUCUAAUCUACUGAAUAAUACGUUUGUAUAAAGAAUCUAGCAUUACUUGUUUUGAAAUACUUGUUUUUAUAUGAUACUGUGAGAGAUCAACGCAUACCCUGUAUAAAAAUAGGAUCAACGUGCAUUCUUUCCUCGAGCAGGCAAGGGUACGGACAGCUAUUCAAUGUACAACAUUGGCCUGUAGAAGGCUAGCUAGCUAGCUACACAAGCUGUAAGGGACCCUUGGAGGAAUGCCGAAGAAGUUCCAGGGAGAGAACUCCAAGUCGGCCACCGCAAGGGCUCGCAAGGCUGAGGCCCAAGCAGUGGCAGACGCUCGCCGUAAGCAAGAGCAGGAAGACGCGCUGUGGCAAGAAAGUGACAAACAUGUGCUGAAGAAGGAACAGCGGAAGGAUGACAAGGAGAAGAGGCGCCUGGAGGCCUUGGAGCGGAAGAAGGAGAACCAGCGUCUCCUGGAGGAGGAGGCCGCCAGGCUGAAGGGCAAAUCGACCAAGGAGGCCUCGGGGGGCAAGGUGACGCGGUCCCAGAUCGAGGACGUCCUGAUCAACGAGCAGCGGCAGCAGCGGCAGCAGCAGGAAGAACCCAAAGAAAUAACUCACCUGGACACCCCCUUGGAACAGAAUGUGAAUCGUAUUGUUCCGGAAGAAGACGAUGACAGAAUUGACGCCAGAACUAUCGAGGAUGCUAUCGCAGUACUAAGCACGGUGGAGGACGUGGACCGCCACCCGGAGCGGCGCAUGAAGGCGGCCUUCGCGGCCUUCGAGGAGCUGCACAUGCCCCGCGUCAAAAUGGAGAACCCCAACAUGCGGCUGUCGCAGCUCAAACAGCUGCUCAAAAAGGAGUGGACGAAGUCUCCCGACAACCCCUUCAACCAGCGGUACACCACCUACAACAAGUGACAAAGAGGUUUUUAAAAAAAUGAAUAAUGAGGGAGCUUCCUAUCGACCACAUUGUCACACAGUGGAAAAAUCAUCCAGUCAGAUUAUCACAUUUGCCCAAUAAAUAAAUAAAUAAAAAAGCAGCAUAAAAACCCAAGACCCCUAACUUUUCCUCGGCUGUGAUAUGCAACCGUUCGAGCAGUGUCCAAGCUAAGCUAGAAAAAAAAGGGUUCCCCAGCACCUUGCUCUGUCUCUGUACCUCUCUCCCACCACUCCCGGGUCUUUCUCUCUCUUUUUAUUUCUCCAGUACCUCAGCGCUGCACGGCCUCCUCUGGCCUAUCGGUCUCUAAUGCGGCUGUGUUACGGCUCCCGCCCAGCUCUGCAGCCGGAGCACAGCAUUCAGGCUAACUGCUGAUCGCUGGGGGGGCGGGGCUCCAACAUCCAGGCAAAGUGAAUGUGGGCUUGCAGGUCUGUAGGUUAUGUAACGAACCAGAGGGAAUUUCCGACUGUAGGGAUGUUGCUCGUCCACAACCCCCCUCGCAGUCCCCCAUCAUUAUUGUGCAAACACACUGUGGGGGAUCCCAGAUAACCUGGGGGGGUCUCUCCAUAGGUCACGCCUAACUGCUGGGCCGUGCGCACCACCUGCGCCUAUGUGGCACUUGACGACAGUGUGUCGUCAAAUCACCCAUCUAAUAUUUAUGAGCAGCUGAGUUAUUUGUGAUUGAAAGUUAGCUUGUUGCAUAAGUGUUCUAGCUAUGUGUGUACUUAGUACUUAAUCAUUUUAAAACACAUGGAUUAAUAAGUAUACAUAUGUGUGUAUGUAUAUAUAUAUAUAUUUAUAUACACACACACACAUAUGUAUCUAAAAUCUAAUUUAUUUGUAAGUUGAGUUAGCACAGCGGCUGUUGCGCGUCCCUUGGGGUUUCGGGCCUGUGUUGGAUGGGGCUCCCAUAUGCUCCUUUUAGCCGUACACGCCACCUCGCGAGCCCCAUUUGUCAGGAGCAUCUGGAGAGCAGCGUCGCUGCCAGUCCCAGCCUCGCCAGGGUCUGAUCACUUUGCUGGGUCCCGCGCACAACCUUCUUGUCUUUAAUGGGCUCAGGCCUGAGGCUGCCGCCGCUCUGCUGCUGACACUCCCCUUAUCGCCUUAUUGGUUCAUGGCCAGUGAUCCGAUUGGCUGGUCAAAUUGUUAUUUUUUUUUCCAUGUUGUUUGCACAUUCUUUAUAAGGGCCUAGGUUUACAAAUGGGCGAUGGCCGAUUUAUCAUGUGAAGAUAUCUGUUGUUCCCAAUGAAUAAUUCUUCAAUUCAAGGAUCAAACGGCUACCCAAAUGUAUCACGUGUCAACUGAUUGAAGUGGGGAGAGGGGGGGGGAUUUAUGCAAAUGGAGACUAACAAAUGAUGGUUCAUCAUCACUGUUUUUUCAAUGGCACAAACGGAUGUAAUUGCUAAAACCAAUAAACCAAUCUCAGUCAAACCUGCAAUCCUGAGCACUUCACGCAAUGGUGUUUUAUCAUAGUCUCCCUCUUUCAUUUUGCCACGGGAUCAAUAUCGUCUCGGCUUCCUUCAGUUUCUCCCUAACAUGUAGACGUUCAGUUCUUUAAUUGACAGCCCACUCAUGGAAAUCAAUUCCAUCUUGAAAUUAAACCCACUUCUGAGUGAAACAAACUUAAAUCAAUCAUCUUGUCAGUUGUGUUUGAAGAACCAUAAGCUGCAAGACCUAAUGCAGUGAAUCCAGUUGGUAAGUGAACGCAAUGUAGGAAAGAUAUGCAUUUUUUAACCAUAUCAGUAGAAAGCAGACUUUCUCUCACAUUUGCAUGGCAUUUAAAUGCAUUUCCUGACUAACACGUUCAGUCAGCAUUUUUAAUUUAGAGGAUUUCUUUGGCUUAGCUCCUGUUUGAACAGUUGGGAAUAAAAAUGUAAACUUCUUUUGUGGUGCAUUUCUCAGGAAUUUGUUUAAUGCCAUUUUAUAGCUUCAGUCAUAUUGUCAUUAUUGAACAAUAUUAACUGAAUUGCAUUUAGAAGAGCCAGCUUGUGUAACCGUAUGAAAGGUGAAGUGACCAAUGGAUACUCCUAAGGAGAAUAACAGAAACAGUAAUGUAAUUCUUUCCACCUGGAGGGUAUUGGUGUUCUCGCUUCCCUUGUCAUAGAUUGAAAUUUAGCAGAAUAAGUGCCCUUUCUCUGAUUUCAAAUUCAAAGCAUUACUAUAGAAAUAGAUUUAAAAAAUUUUUAAUACCAGUGGUCAAAUUGCAAAUUGAUGAUCAGAGGAAGUGUAGAGAGUAUAAUUAUGUUACACAGUGUUUACAGUGGCUUUUCUUUCCGAUAGCUAGCACUUAGGCCAACUUAUUUAUGUACUGAAUACAGUUUGCUUCCAUGUGAUACUAUGUCCAACUUAAGAUAUAUUCAGAUAAUACAAAAGGGAACUUGACCUGGACAGAAGAACGCAGGAUAUAACUGAGAGACCGCUUGUCAAGCACUCACUGUAAACCCCCCAUGUAACUGCAACCCUUCUUAAUAAACUCUGGAAAUUACGUUUCAUUUUGCAUAA